UGGUGGCCCUAGGCCGAGGGCGGCUCCACCAACCGAACUCGGCAGACUCCGAUUGCGACAAACGUCAACCGACCCAAAGCUAAACCUCCUCCACGCUUUCCUCUCUUUUGCUUCCUUCCGCCGCCACGUCGCCAGAUCCUCGCCUCUUAACAUCUCGCACUUUCCAAAUUCCUCCAACUUGAUCAUGGCGGGCAUGUUUCAAAACCUAUUUGGGGGCUCGCAGGCUUCUGGUCCGGCCAGAGUCGACGACGAAUUCGCCGACUUUGUCGAGGCCCCUGAGCCCUCUCCGGCUUCUCUUGUCUCCAGUUCAUCCACCACCCCGGCCCUCAACACCCAUGGCGUGGGCGCCGGGAGUCCAGUCCCGUACACCAAGUGGUACCGGGUCUGGGAGCGGACCUCGCCACAGGACUUCAUGCAGGAAGCCAUGGUGAUGCCCAUCAUACUAUUGAUUGUCAUCUUCCAUUUUUGGGGGACUCGCAAAAACCGGCGUCGGGCCCGCGACUGGGCACAGGCACACGUGUCCGCCCUACAGAAUGAGUUCGCUGUCGUUGGAUUUGAAGGAAUCAAGUCCGAUCAAGUCUCUUCGCCGGACGCCUUGCUCAAGGAACGAUCCGCGCAGGAAUUUACCUCGUACGCCACAGGUCGCCAGAACGUAGCCUUUGUGGACGUCUCCGUCAAGCUCCCCAAGCGGUACAACCCAGUAAUUUUCUGGACGGAGUCGGUGUUCAGCUUUCUCUUCGAAAGUUGGGAGGCGCCCACCGAAACCUACGAAGCUACUGCGUUCACAUUUGAUGGCAGAGAGAAGGAUGUGGUGCCCGUGCCUGCAAAUGACACCUCGUUUCUGAAGGUCAAUAACUCGACUUACGAUGGCUUUGUCUGGGCGAUCGUGCACAAGAACCACAUGCGCAAAUUCCGCCAGGAGCGUUAUGAUGCUUCUCUCACCUUCACUCGCGAGAAUCCCAAGCUUCCCAGUUGGGUUACUGUCAUGACUGAGAGCGCCGAAAUCACGGACGUGCUCUUGACCCCCGAAUUGAUCCAGGCUAUUGAGAAGGCCGGCAACAACUUUAAGUAUCUCAUUGUGACUGACCAGCCAAUUGACAAACCCUUGAAGAUCGAGGAAACCACCCCUCGCAAGCGCAUUCAACUCGCCAUGACCCUUCCCUCCUCACCCGCCGGUUACGCCGCCUCCUUGCCUCUCUUUUCGCAAUGUAUUCGUCUGGCCGACCGCCUCGUCGCUGUCGCUCAUUUCCGUCCUGAGGUAACCCGCAAGAUUCGUCAUACCCGCGAGGAGGAAAUCAAGAAGCUGCGCCGUGCAGAUGAGGACGAGAAGGCCGAGGAACGUCGCCUUGCUGCUGAGAAGAUCAAGAAAGAAGAGCGCGAGCGCCUCCUCCGCGGCAUGUCCGCCGACGAGCAGCGGAAGUACCUGGAUCGCGAGUCGCAGAAGGAGCACAGACGUAUGAUGAAGAGGAGCACCCGUCGAGCUUAACUGCAUCGCAGAUUUCUUUAUCUACCGAAACGACAGACUGAUUCGUGUUCGUGGUCUGCUUAAGGGAAAGUGGAGAACGCAAGAUGCAUAAACCAAGCCCACUUGCAUCUUUAUGGGUGGUAAUGGUUUAUUUCGCCUUGCCUGCUGUUUUCCUCUUAUUGCUUUCUUGUCAUCCUGACUGGUGAUAAUGAUGAUGAUGCAUACUUUCCAUGUACAAUGUAUUCAUAACUAUUUCAGUGCAAGAGUGGGUUUGUUCGGCGUUGUGUAGGUCUUCCAUUGAUGCACCUAUUAGUCCUGAUUUAGAGGUUGGUUGCUUGCUGUCUGUGUAUACCGACAGGCCAGCGGUGACGAGUGUAUAUCGGCCACAUCAGCACCUGCACCUACGACAUCUGGACUCAAUAGAUCGAUCUUAC